GCUAAACAACAGUGGAACUCUGGUGUAAACGCACACUGUAAGUUCUAAAUUAGUUCAAACGGCUUUUAUUUAGUAGUUAAUUUGAAUAACUUCCAUAACUGAAUGGGGAUUGGUCCAAAGGUACACAUCUUCUGUGUCAAAAGCACAGGUCAAAAGUGACGUUUAUACUUUAUGAUUAGCGAUUGUGAAUAGUGUUUUUCUGGAUUUAAAGUUUAAAAAUAUAAUAAAAUUGUUAAGUUUUGCAUGAUAAUAAGCAGAAAUAGUUGAUGCUUAUAUAAUCAACCUAUUAGUAAUCUAGAUUUUGUUUUCGCGAAGAUAAUCAAAUAACUACUCUAUAUAGGUUAAAAAAGCAAGAAAAUGUCCGACCUAGGUGACUGGUAUCGAGGUGUUCCUCGUUUUACCAGAUUAUGGUUUACGGGCACAGUAGCUUUAACCCUUUUUGGUCGUUUUGGCCUGUUAAAUCCGAUUAAUCUGAUAUUACUGUAUUCUGAAGCAGUUAAACGUCUUCAGGUAUGGAGGUUUAUUACCUCUGUGCUAUAUUACCCAUUAACACCGCAGACGGGUUUCCAUUAUUUGAUAAAUUUGUACUUUUUGUAUAACUAUUCAAGACGAUUGGAAGAAGGGACAUAUCAAAGAAAACCUGCAGAUUUUGCGUUUUUAUUGAUCUUUAAUUGGAUAUGCUGCAUCAUUAUGGGGCUGGUUGCUGAUAUGCCACUUCUGAUGGACCCAAUGGUACUCUCUGUUCUAUAUGUUUGGUGUCAGCUUAACAGCGACGUUAUAGUAACAUUUUGGUUUGGUACUCGAUUCAAAGCCAUAUUUUUGCCUUGGGUACUGCUUGGUUUCAACUUAGUUAUAUCUGGAGGAGGACUAAUGGAGCUUAUUGGCAUUCUUAUCGGGCACCUUUACUUCUUUUUAGCAUUUAAGUACCCACAGGAGUUGGGGGGUCCAAGCUUAUUGUCAACACCAGGAUUUCUUAAAAACUGGUUUCCCGAAGAAGGUGGUGGAACUUUUGGACCGGCUCCCGACAGGGGUCCCGCAAUUCCGAGAGGUCGUAUGUGGGGCCAGGGCCACGUUUUGGGUGGCAACUGAAAGACUAUUUUGUAUUUGGGUUAUAAUAAAUUUCGUUUGUAAACAUAUGUUUUUAGAUUAUAAUUUAAAAAAAUAUACAUGUUUUAAAUAAAA